CUUGUAGUAAAAAGAUCUGUAAUUGUGAGUGGAAUUUCGGGUCUUCUUACCAAUGGCCACAUGUAUUCAGAUUCAGAAAAAGAAAAUUGGUUCAUGGUGCAGGGGUGAGACGCGCACUCCUUAUCAACAAUUCGCGCGACCCUUUAUCAUACGCUUUUCCGCAGUAAUAUAGACAAGCUACGAAUAGAGAUCCCGGGGCCCAUAGAGUUAGAUGUGCAGUUGCAUUUUGCAAAAAAAAUUUAAAAUGUCAGAUUCCAUAUCCAACAAUGACACGGAUGUGCGGACCCGACUUGAUGAGUUCCGAGCGGAUUGGCAGAGAGAGCUGCAUGGAGCGACACAGUCCGAUGAAGACGCGGGCGGUGGGAGCAGCAGUGGGCAGACCACAAAUUCCUAUGCUACCGAAGCAGACCAACUGCAGGCCAGAGCUGAGAGCCUUUAUCGCACUGCCGUCGAACUGGAGCGCCAGGGAAAAGUUUACGACGCGCUCCCCUAUUACCGGAAAGCGAUGCAAAUUGUACCUGAUAUAGAGUUUAAGUUCUAUGAACGACAGAAACUGAAUCAUGACGCCAACAAUAAGUACCAUAACCUGGCCAGCGAUUUGUCCAAGCAUCUGACCAUUAGCAAGAGCGAUGCAGAAGUGAAUGACGAUGCAGACGUGAUUGAAGAUCUUUACGGAAAAUUCAGUCGCGAUUUAUGUGGCGAGAUUUACGGCGGCAGAAUAUUUUUAAAUAGUCGUGACUCCAGCGUUCUAACAACCGCCCUGCAUAUUUCGGACUUGCCGACCGAAAUAAUACUAUAUAUAUUGCGGUGGGUGGUAUCUGCUCAGCUAGAUAUGAAAUCCCUCGAUCAGUGCUCAUCCGUAUGCAAAGGCUUCUAUGUAUGUGCACGGGAUGAGGAACUCUGGCGCCUGGCAUGCAUAAAGGUAUGGGGCCAUAACGUGGGCACCUUGGCGCAACAGGACUCCAAUGAAACUGACGACUCCUGCUACUUCUCCUGGCGAGAUAUGUUUUUGCGACGGGAGCGCGUUCUGUUCAAUGGCUGUUACAUAAGCAAGACGACAUACUUGCGUAUGGGCGAAAAUAGUUUCCAAGACCAAUUUUACCGUCCGGUACAAUUGGUUGAGUAUUACCGUUAUAUAAGAUUUCUUCCUGACGGAAAAGUACUCAUGAUGACCAGUGCUGAUGAGCCGGCGCAAGGCGUGGCAAAGCUGAAGCAACUGCAUAGCAGGGGUCCAGCAGACGUGCUACGAGGUCGCUACCGACUUUUCGGAAACUCUGUUACAUUAGUCCUCCAAAAGGCGCAUUCGAGGCAAGCGACUACACAAAACUAUGUGCGACAGAGGCGUGGCAGCCUUAUGCUCACUGAUGAGGAUACUAACAACACUCAAUAUGUCAUUGAGCUUCAGAUAAUGAGUUCAUCGCCCAAGCGACGGUUUGUCCAGCUGCUGUGGUCGCACUACUCUCUGGUUCAGAAGCGUAACAAAGUUGAGACAACUUCAGACUUCGACCUUACAGCAACAAAGUAUCCUCCAUUGUGGUUUUCACCAGUGCGAAGCUACCAUUAUGAUGCCGAUGCACCUUUAACCUGAGUUUUUAAUAACAUUGUAAAAAUAUAACAAUUGGCUAACCCGGGCAUAUUCUAAAUUGAAUUUUGUAAAUAGAGAAUAAUUGCUAAAUUA